AUGUCUGGUUUCCUUGUUAAAAACCCGACUGCUGCAUUAAUCAAGGCCCUUCUCAUCAAUGGCGCUGUGGACAUAAGUGGGCAGUACAUCCCUUCAGAAACAGGACCUACUCCAAAUGUCAACUCAGGGUUCGGUCGCGUGGAUCUCGGUAAUUCGGUCAUUAUCCCUGGGCAGCACAGCGCAACUGGAGGUUUUGAAGACGUGAAAUCUCUCGAUGACGGAAAUGAAUACUCCAUCAAGAUCAAUGUGGGCGAGUGGAGUGAAGGAACCCCAUUCAGGUUGAAGGUGACGCUCGUUUACUCCGACCCUCCAGGUCAACGUCUCCAGAAUGAUUUGAAUUUGAUUGUCACUAGCGGCGAUGGGGUAUAUGAAAGGCACGGAAAUAACAAACAGGUUUUCACUCCUGGCUCCUCGGAGGGAUUUGACCGAUGUAACAAUGUGGAACAAGUUGACUGGCCGGGAAUACCUCGAGGCAUGGCAGAGAUCACGAUCCGAGCAUAUCGAAUUACGAAGUCCCCGCAACCAUUUGCUUAUGCAUGGCGGGUACACAAUUACCGAAUCGAGGCAGAAGCUAAAACCGCCCUUUUCAUCGCCCAUAACUUGAUGAGCCGAUAUAAUGUCACCCAGGCGGAUCUGAUUGCCGGUGCCGACAGCGAAAGCAAAGCACAGUACGGAAGAAGAAGCGAGGUGACCGUUACCAACACCAAGGACCUCUCCAAGCGUGUCAUGAAUGAGAGCUUUGCCCGUAGAUUGGCGCAUGCGAUGUGCACCUUCUAA